AUCAACCCCCACCCGUACAAGAGCGAUUAAAAAAGUUAAAAGGAAAAAAAUGUCUGCUAAGAUUUCGUUGGUGCUGCUGCUUCUCUUCGCGUCCGCGUAUCCGAGUCGAAAUUAAAGUGAUUUUCAAUGUUUUCGCCGUGAUUGAGCAUUUGUUUCGUGUAAACAAAUUGCGUCGGCGAUCGAACCGUGUGUCCCGUGUCCCAGAUUAUGUGCAGUCGUCGCGUGUGAAGUGAAAUCGAGAUUGGAGUGCGCGAGCGUUCGAUAUUGCGAGGAAUCCGCCGCUACGGCCGAACGGCAGCAGUUACCGAAAAUAUAGUUGAUAAUUGGCGUGCGGAGUGUGGAGCGGAAGUCGUGGGCCACGCGAAACCAUUGUUAGCCGAGCGUGGGGCUGUCCAUCUGCAAGUCGUGUGGCACCAUCAAACCACGACGAGUGCGUGCUCGGAGACCUGAGCCCGAGUCGCCCCAGCCAGCCAGAGCGCCCAGUCUAAAAGUAGUCGCUCGGGCCGAAAAGUGCGGACCCAGCCUCGGUGGAGCCGCCGCGGAACAAUGACGGACAUAGAAAAUGUGCUGAGUAGCAUGUCUACAGCCUUCAACUCGAGCCCCACGCCAGGUGACGAGGCAUCUGUUAUCGACCUCAACAACGAUAAGACCCUCAAGUGGCGGCGGCAUUUCAAGAACCAAUACGCCAAGAAGAACCCGGGGAAGUCGCUGGGCGAAGACGACCCGGCGGCGGACGUGAGCCGAGCGAGCGCAAAGCCAGAGUCUCCCGUCGAUGAUGAGGAUAAAGGUCAAGCGGUCGGGGUGGCGGCCACUCCGAAGACCCCAGCGCCGAAGCAGUCGCCCGUGGAGGAGCGCACCAAGUCGACGCCGCCCUCCACGCCAGAGCCAGCGCCUGCCUCGACCGCAACCGCGGCCGUGACUUCGACGCCACUGCACUCGGUUCCCGCACGCUCUGAUAACGACCUUAUCAACGCAGCUAGAAGCGGUGAUGAGACGGCCGAGGCCGCGUCCACGAGCAGCGCUGCCGCUGCUAGAGCGCAGAAACCAAAGAAAUCACCACGAAACGUACAAGAAAAUCCCUCGCGAAGGUCGAAUCGCACAAGAACUGUUGUGAGUGUCUCGCCCGCCCCCUUGCGCCGUCGAGGACGUUCAAAAAGGGCCAAUGACCCAGGUCCGACCUUACCUGUUCCAAAGGAAGAUGAAAUCCAAUUGGAAUCACAGUUAGAGGGUCCGAUUGGAUUGGGUGAUGACCAAGAAAAGGUUCACAAGGUCGAAAUCGAGGAGGAAAUGGGUUCGAAUGUGAACCCCAAUAGUGACCAAGAAAAAGUGAUCGUGGCAGAAGUUCGGAAGGAAAUCCCCAAUGGGGAAAUCAACGUUGUGCCAAGGACUUCCAAGGUUGCAGAAAAGGAGGAAAUCCGGAAUAGGAAGCGGAGGAGCGUACGAUUGGAGACGAAAGGCGAAGUUCCCGACGUUCCAGCAGAUAAGUUGUCGGUCAUCGAUAUCAGUCAUCCCCCUGCAGAGAAAAUUCCCAAACAACAAGAGUUCGCGGCAAUUAUCCCAAAAACGGACGAAAAUGAGGACGUUAAACCUGAAAUAACAGGAAACCAAUCACAACUUAAUGAUAAGACUCCAAAAAAACGUGGUAGACGGGCAAAACCUGUCGUUAGUCCAGCCACAAGUAGUUCCGACGUGCCUACACAAAGUAAAAAAUGUCAACGUUCGACGAAAGAUAACGUUGAAAGUAAUUCACAAGAAAAACAUUUAUCGCGAGACAAAGCUACUGCAAACAAUAGUCACAAUGACUCUGCACCUACUGUCACAUCUCAGCGUCCUUUACGACGGAUCAAACCAACUGCGAAAAUCCUUGAGAACGAAGAGCUUCGGUAUGAGUUCGAAUCGAAAAACAUUGCCCGCAUUGUAGCCACAUCUGGAGAUAAUAAGACUGGUACCAUGCAUGCCUCAGAAUCAGCCCGUCGCAAUCGCGAAUCGAAGGACAUUACUCACAUUGAAAGCAAGAACAAUGUAACGCCAGUUAAGAAAAAAUCGUCACCGCUGGUGAAUCAUCUGAACGUAGACAAUAUUUACCCAUCGAAGAAGUGCCGACCAUGCCCUGAACCCCAAGAUUUCCUGAAUGAAAUCAAAGCAUCGGGAAUAAAUUUGCAUCGAUCGCCUGAGGAUAGAAAACUCAACAGAAAGCAACACAGAAAAUUAUUAAAACAAAAAGAAAAACAUUUUGAACGACUAGGACUUCGUCGUAACGUACGGGACGAUGUUACCGAAUCAGGCAAUUCGUCCAGCGAUAACGAAGAGUUUAUUCCAUCGAAGAAAGUUAGCGUUGGUAAACCGAACGUCACACUUCGCUUACGUAAUAACAAAGAAAACGCAACAACUUCAGUGAGUGGAAAGGAAGCCCCAAAAAGCAGUCAUCAUCCUGUCGCUCAGCAUAAGAAAGUUGGAGCACCGGUUGUCCCACCACAAGAAGCUGCGCCCAGUCAAUCAACAGUGAAUAAGGAUCAGAAGCUGAUUUGCUCCUGCCAAGCAAAACCAAAGUUCUACGCCCGGAAGAGCAGCGAAGUUGUAUUUUGCAAGGCAAUUGAUCAUGUUGAAGACCAUCGAGUUGGUUGCUUCAACAAAGUUGUUAACACGGAAAUAGUUCCGUUGUAUCGACCAAGUGCCCGCGUACCGUAUCUCUUGCUUUGCGAUCAACAUCUCAUAAGGUUUCUUUCCCAUAACAGUUGUGCUGGAUGCGGUGUGUUCUGCACGCAGGGGAGUUUCAUAUUAUGCAAACAUCGACAUUUCUUUCACCCGGGCUGUGCCCAGAAGCUCAUUCUCAAUACACCAUAUGACCCUGCGAAAAGAUCAACAUAUCCUAGCCCAAAGUUAGUUUUGAAGUGUCCUCAUUGCGGUUGCGAUACUUCCGAGAAGGAGUCACUAGUCACAAUGAAGUGUCAAAACACUCCAGUAUUUCUUCCUAGUCAAAAAGGGCCCAUAAAACCGGCAAAAAUGGGUUUAUCAUCCUCUAACGGAAGGUUGUCAGUAGUUAAGCAUCAGCCACAACAGUGCCUCGAUUUGGUCAAAUAUAUUCCAGAAUCCGUUAUGAAUGUCGUGGUUCGUGAGAAUGGUGCUUCGAUAAACGACUUCACGACCAAAGACAUGUUCUAUGCCGUAAACAACGAUGAUCUGGAACGUGUUGCGGAAAUUAUACGAUCAGGCUUUGACAUCACAAGUGAAAUGAAAGAGUUCCUCGAUGGGACCUGCCUGCAUCUCGUCGCACAUUUCGGAACAAUACAAAUGGCCUGUCUGCUCCUGGCACGUAAUUCGACGCCUGAGUUUUUGAAUCAAAGGGAUAAGGAGCAACGUACGGCGGCAAUGUGCUCCAUUAUUGGAGAUAAGUGUGACAUUUUGCAACUUUUCAUUCAAGUCGGUGCUGAUAUUUCACUGAAGGGGACAGAUGGAAUGACAUGUCUGCAUUUUGCCACAAGGAGUGGCAAUCUUCAAGCUGCGAAAAUCCUACUGGAGGCUUACAGUAGCAGUUCGAGCUUUAAGCAAUUCAAUGAUUACCUCAACGCUAAGGAUGAUGGAGGCUGGACUCCUCUUGUGUGGGCAGCCGAGUUGAAUCACACGUCAAUUGUUAGCCUUUUACUUAAUUAUGGUGCCGAUCCAAGUAUCUGUGAUAUGGAAAAUAAUACGGCCCUUCAUUGGGCGGUAAUAUCAGCAUGCGAUGAUGUGGUGAAGGUAAUUCUACAAACAAAUGUGCGGUGUAGUGUGCAAAAUAUUAAUGGAGAUACACCACUUCACAUAGCUUGUCGACAAUCGAAUACGUGUGCUGCUCUAAUGCUUAUCAGUCGUGGAGCAGAUUUAAUGAUAAAAAAUAAUGAAGGACAAAUACCGUACGAUUGUAUACGAGACGAAGAAGAUUCUUGCGCGCGCGCUGUAGGUUUCAACAUGCAAAUGAGAUCAAUUGGACCAAGCGGAUUACAAGUGAAAAUAAUCUGCAGUGAUAUCUCGAACGGAAGGGAACAUUAUCCAAUAGAAGUAGUGCGUCGUCCUAGGAUAGGUAAAAUCAGCAACGAAGUCGACGAUGAAACAAUUCUACCUGAUUUUAAGUACAUUACGAAGUCUAUACUGCUACAAAACUCUGUGCAAAUUGAUUAUCGCGUCUCGCAGAUGCGGAUUUGUUCGUGUAACGAUAGCUGUAAUUCCGACAAGUGUCAAUGUAGUACAAUAUCCGUUCAAAACUGGUAUACACCCGAAGGUCAAUUGAAUGGGGACUUCAAUUUCGAUGAUCCGCCAAUGAUAUUUGAAUGUAAUGAUGUUUGUGGUUGCAAUAAGUUAAUUUGUAAAAAUCGUGUAGUCCAGAAUGGCAUGAAAUUACCUCUACAAGUAUUUGAAUGUCAACAACGUGCUAAAGGUUGGGGCGUACGAACCUUGCGUCAAAUACCCCGUGGAACGUUUGUAGCUGAGUACACUGGGGAAAUAUUGACUGAUAUGGAAGCAGAUCGUCGCACUGAUGACAGUUACUUUUUUGAUCUUGAUUCAUCCGAUCAUUGUAUCGACGCAAACUACUACGGGAAUGUUAGUCGAUUUUUCAAUCAUUCGUGUUCACCGAAUAUUGUCCCUGUACGUGUUUACUAUGACCAUCAGGAUUAUCGUUUUCCGAAAAUCGCAUUUUUUGCAUGUAAAAACAUCGCCAUAGGAGAGGAAAUUGCUUUCGACUAUGGCGAGAAAUUCUGGGCCGUAAAACAAAAAUACUUCGCCUGCAAGUGUGAAUCGCCGGAAUGUCGAUUUUCAGCUAAUCCAGUGGAAAGAAAUCAAGUGAUGAACGGCGGGACCGAACAGUCAGCAUCGACGUCUGGGAAUCAAAUUACUAUUUAAAUAUGAAAAUCUAAAUUAAGAAAUAUUUACGCUUUUGUUUUAGUCAUUAAGCAUACGCGGAGAGGACAUUUCCUAGUAAUUAAUUGUAUAUAAGUAAAAUCUUAGUGUAAGGUUAAUAGAAAACAAAGAAACAUGCAUCACCUGAAUGAUGAAGGCAAGUUGCCCAUUUCAUCGUAAUUCAUAUCGUCAUCUUAACCCCGACCAUUAGAAUAAUAAUCUAUAAGUAUUCAUACUUCAUUUUGUAGACUGUGUACUAAGUAUUCUAUCUCUUAUUUAUUUUUAUCAGCAACAUCUCAACUAUCGAGUGUUUAUUUGAAACGUAUGCAUGUUUGUUUAUCCUAUUUCGAAUGAAAAUUAAUUAAGCAAAAAACUGGUUCACAAUCCGGAACAUGUUCAAAUUUAAUAUCAAUGCAACACUGCAGUUUUAUCAGGGCGAAUACUAUGGCCCGACUUAUUUUUUACAGUAUUUCAUAAGGUACUGAAGAACUGAACGUAGAAAAGAGGGAGUCAUAAAACCAAAACAAGAUCCUAGUUUAAAGUUGAUACAAACCGUAGAGUUAGAUCUGAAACUAUUAUAUUUUGGUAAGCGCUUGUCAUAAUAAUGAUCAAAUAUUAUACGUCACAUGGUUUUAUCUGUAAUCUUAACCACGAA